GUCUGUAUUUCAUUAGUCCAUCGCAAGGCUACAGAUCUAAAAGUCCCAAUUUAUCUUCCAAAAUGGAACUAACCCAUUUUGUUAUUCUUCUAGGCUUGUUUGACAGUUAUUUUGCUCUUUCUCUCAGUGACAGUGACUGCAGUCCACCUCAACAUCUUCAAAAUGCAGAGCCUAUAUUAAAAAGCACAAAUGAAGUUUAUUCUGAUGGAACCAUUGUGACUUAUCAAUGUAAUUCCGGAUAUGUGGGUAUCUUACGGUACAAGUGUAAGAAUGGAGAAUGGAUAAGUGCAGAUAAAAUGCUUAAUUGCAGAUUAAAGCCUUGUGGAAGUCCUGGAGAUAUUUUACAUGGAACAUUUGAACUAAAACGUGGUGAUGCUUUGGUGUUUGGUGCACGCAUUGAAUACAAGUGUGAUGAAGGAUAUCAGCUGGUGGGUACAAGAAAUUACCGUGAUUGUGAAAUAUCUGGGUGGAGUGGUCUUGUUCCAUAUUGUGAAGUAAAGACCUGUCCUCCAGUGAAAGCACCAGAAAAUGGAAGGAUCAUAGGGCCAGAUGUAUAUGACCUUGACCAAGAUUAUCCUUAUGGCUCCCUCCUGACAUUUGAGUGUAAUUCUCCUGACCUGCAAAUUCAAGGUGCUAAAGAAAUUUAUUGCUUAGAAAACGCAACAUGGAGUAAUCCAGUACCAAAAUGCAAAGAAUUACAAUGUAUGAAACCAGAUAUACGUAAUGGGAUUGUGAUGACCAUGGGUGAGGUUUUCAGAUAUCUUGAACAACUACACUACACGUGCAAUCGUAAUUUCAAACCUUCUGGUAUAUCGACCACAUGCACCCAAUUCGGAUGGAGUCCACCACCAUUUUGUUCACCAAUAACAUGUUCAAGAACAUCAAUAGAAAAUGGUCAAUUUCUAACCAGCAAAUGGACAUUUGCCUAUCAGGAAACAGUGAACUAUACUUGUAAUGAAAAUUACAGACCUUCAGGACCAAGUACAGUUCAGUGUGAAGCACAAGGGUUGAUGCCAAAUCCAAGCUGUGUAGAAAUCAGAUGUUACAGACCAAACAUUGAUGCACAUAUUUACUGGUAUCAAUCGCCGAAACGAGUUGGAGAGAAGAUAGCCUAUGAUUGCAAUCAUGAUGGAUCGCGACACUUUUCUGUGUGUACAGCAACUGGAUGGAAUCCCCCUCCAAAAUGCCCUGGUCCAUGUCAUCGUCCAGAAAUUGACAACAGUUUACUGCCCAGAAAAUAUUCAUACAGCCAUGGAGAUACACUGAGUAUUAAAUGCAAAUAUGGGUUUAGAUUGCAAGGAACUCAAAACAUCAGGUGCCAGGAUGGAGAAUGGCUUGUCGAACGAUCUUUCCCAGCCUGUAUUGCGCUUGGAUGUGAUGCACCGCCAGCAAUAGCAAAUGGAAGAUAUUCUCCUAAUCGUAGAAGAUAUGAAGAAAAUCAACGGGUGACUUACUCUUGUAUUGAAGGUUAUGAACUUUAUGGACAAAAGAACUUGAUUUGUGGUUCCAGUGGAUGGUCAGAGCCACCUCGUUGCCUUGAUAAGCAAGCUGUAUGUAGAGAUCCAUAUCCAAUGGUAGAGCACGGAGAGAUCACCUCUGAGAAAUCCUACAAAAUAACUUAUGCAUGUCAUGCUGGAUACAUUCAGAAAGGAUCAGAUGUGGUAAUAUGUGCUGAUGGGAAAUGGUCACAGCCUCCAACAUGCAGUUAUCCUCCAGAUUCAACUCGUGUCUGUGGUUUUCCACCUGCAAUAGAAAGUGGAGACACAGUGGGAAUCUCUGUACCACCAUAUAAUCAUGGUCAGAAAGUAACAUAUCAGUGUCAGAAUUACUACACUUUGGAAGGAGAAAAAGAAGUGACAUGUUCUGGUGGGGAAUGGUCAAAACCUCCACGCUGUAUUGCACCAUGCAUUUUGACAGAAGAAGAUUUUACAAGAAAUGGAAUAGUCUUAAGGUGGAAGUUUGAGACGAGAUUAGAUGUGAAAGAUGGAGAUGUCUUAGAAUUCAGAUGCCGUGAAGGAUUUCAAAUUGAACCUCCGGCAAGGAGAUAUUGCCGAAAUGGACACUUGGAAGUUCCCAGAUGUAUCAGUGAUGACAGGAGUUCGUGCACUGCUUUGGAGUAUUCUAAAUGCCAAUCAUGUGCAGGUGAUGAAAUCUGUACUCAAUAUAAUGCUAAAAGGGUAUCACUAACAAGACCAGAUCAGAGCACAUUGUUGUUACUUGCUAAAAGUGGAGAGAGCAGUGCUUUAUUCUCAGUGAAACGAGGCACAACAAAAAGGAAAAGCACUAUAAAGUUUUCUAUAAGAGAAUCCAAUUAUACAAUAAUGAAUGUAAAAUUCGGAGAUGGGCCUCAAAGCAUACAAUAUGAACAACCUGCAAUAGGAGAAUAUUGUUUAACAUUCCACAUGAUUAAUUCUAUCACAUUCAAUGUUACAUUCACUGGAAAUUUCAGCAUUAGAUUUGAUAAUAGGAGUUGACAUCAAGGCUAAAAGCUUGAAAGCUAGAAUGAUCCUGAGAGAUUCCAUGACAAUGAAGUUGCCAACCAUGUUUUUGGAAGAACUGAGUUCAAGUUGCUUAUCAUGGCCUUCACUUUCAUAUUUACACAAUUAAUUACUAAAGCACACUCUGCAGAUCAUAUCCCAAAUAAAGUGAUAGUAAGGCUGGAUUUUUCUUUCACUUUCCUCAUAAUUUCAGCUACAUUAUUGCUACUGCACUUCUGACUCAAUAUAUAUAUUUUUUUGGUAGGUGAGACGAGAACUAGGGGACAUAGCCUCAAGAUUUGGGGGAAUAGAUUUAGGACGGAGAUGAGGAGAAAUUGCUUUUCCCAGAGAAUUGAGAAUCUGUGAAAUUCACUGCCUGGGGAAGCAGUGGAGGCUACCUCAUUAAAUAUAUUUAAGACACAGAUAGACUUUUGCAUAGUAGGGGAGUUAAAGGUUAUGGGGAAAAGGCAGGUAAGUGGAGCUGAGUCCAUGGCCAGAUCAGCCGUGAUCUUAUUGAGUAGCGGAGCAGGCUCGACGGGCCAGAUGGCCUACUCCUGCUCCUAUUUCUUAUGUUCUUAUGUCAGGCAUAGAACAGUUCCCAGCUGAUCAUUUCCCACAGUUGUAUUUAAAUGCCAGUGAUAGUUACAGAGGUGUUCUGUCUCCCUUGCCUGUCUCCUGUCCCUCUUGGUGCAGCCAGCCAGGAACUCUUGGCAAGAAUUAGCAGUGUGCUGAGAACAGCAGUCAUAAUGGUCAACUGAUAACCCAAUUUUAAUAUUUAUUAAAAUUUAAAUAUGAAUUUUAAAUUAAAAUACUGUUGUACCACACAGAUUGCAAUCAUCACCUUAAACAUUGCUGUCUAGUUUUUAUUUUUGCAUCCUGUUCUUUAAUAUACAAAUGAUAAACGAUAUUUAGUUU